AUGACUACCUCUCAUAGUGACUCGCCUUCUUCUUCUCACAAUACUAAAGCAGAGCGACUUGCGUUUGAAGAAAAGGUUGUGAAUGAAGAAUACAAGAUUUGGAAGAAAAAUUCCCCGUUUCUUUAUGAUCUGGUUAUUACUCACGCACUUGACUGGCCUACGUUGACGUGUCAAUGGUUUCAAGAUAUUGAUAGACCUGAAGGGAAAAACUAUUCAAUUCAACGAAUACUGAUUGGUACACAUACAUCAGAUAAUGAUCAAAAUUAUGUACAGAUUGCUCAUGUACAGCUACCAAAAACUGAUUCAUCUAUAGAUGUUCAAAAAUAUGAUGAAGAAAAAGGAGAGAUAGGUGGAUAUGGUAGUGGAGCAACAGAAAGUAAACUUACAAUAGUUCAAAAGAUUAACCAUGAUGGUGAGGUCAAUAGAGCACGAUACAUGCCACAAAAUCAAGACAUAAUUGCUACCAAGACAGCUAAAGGAGAUGUUUAUAUAUUUGAUCGAACAAAGCAUCCUUCUAAACCUGUUGCAGAUGGGAUAGCUCAUCCAGAGUUGAAAUUAAAGGGACACACGAAAGAAGGAUAUGGUUUAUCGUGGAAUCCUUUCAAGGAUGGAAAUAUUAUUGAUGGAUCUGAAGAUAUGACAAUUUAUACCAAAACUAUGGAUCCAAUUCGUGUUUACAAAGGUCACGAAGCUUACGUUGAGGACGUUGCAUGGCAUCCAAUUAAUUCAAGCAUAUUUGCUUCUGUUGGCGAUGAUCAAAAACUCCUUGUCUGGGAUAUACGUUCAGACAAAGAUGAUAAACCGGCAAAUUCAAUUAUUGCACAUCAAAGUGAAGUCAACACAUUGUCAUUCAAUCCGAAGAAUGAAUAUAUUUUAACGAUUAAUUUAUGGGAUCUUCGUAAUCUUAAAUUGAAACUUCAUACACUUGAACAUCAUAAAUCAGAAAUCGUUCAAGUUGAAUGGUCACCACAUGAUGAAACCAUUUUGGCUUCUGCGUCUGGUGAUAGAAGAGUUUGUAUUUGGGAUUUAAGUAGAAUUGGUGCUGAACAAACUGCAGAAGAUGCUGAAGAUGGACCUCCGGAAUUAUUGUAUAUGCACGGUGGACAUACAAAUAAGAUUUCUGAUUUUAGUUGGAAUCCACAUAUACCAUGGGUUAUUGCUAGCUCUGCAGAAGACAAUAUCAUUCAAGUUUGGCAACCGUCAUCAAAUAUUUAUUCAAUUGACGAGAGAGAAAUUCCACCUGAAGAAUUAGAGGAUUAG